CAGGAAGAGUUACUUCAAGGCUCGUUGCAGCAUGAUAGUUGAAAGUCAAGUGAAACAAAAAAUCAUGAAAACCGAAGAAAUAUUUUAGAGUCUUCGUGUCCUAGUAGCGUUUUAUGAUUUGUAAUCAGCGGGGUUUGUGCGCGGAAUAAACAGCGAUUGCAGCCAUGCUGCAGGCUGUAGGUAGACUGUCUGUUUCAGCAGCUCCUCGGAUCUUGUUUGGGAUUCGGCAUUAUUGUGAGAAGACAGCAACGAAACUCCGAGUAUCCCAAGCACUUGCUGAUGCUGAGCUGGGGAAAAAUGUCAAAGUUCAGGGAUGGAUUCGCUCAGUAAGAGCUCAGAAAAACAAUGUCUUUUUCCAUUUAAAUGAUGGAAGCUCCUUGCAGUCCUUGCAGGUUGUUGCUCGAGCAGAGAUGAAUGACCCGUCGCUCACAUUUGGGAGUUCGGUUGAAGUCAAAGGUGUUCUGAAAAAAAGUCCUAACCAAAAGCAGCCAGUUGAACUGGAAGCAGACCAGAUCCAUGUCGUUGGAGAAUGUAACCCGGUGGAUUUUCCCUUCAAAGUUAAAGAGAGACACCCCCUCGAGUACAUUCGUCAGUUUCCACAUCUCCGGUGUCGAACCAACGCCUUUAGCUCCCUACUGAGGAUACGCAGCGAGGCCACUGCAGCAAUUCAUUCCUACUUCAAGAACAAUGGCUUUGUACAGAUUCAUACCCCAAUCAUCACUUCUAAUGAUUGUGAAGGGGCAGGGGAGCUCUUUGAGGUUGAGCCAUCAGGCCCAGACUAUUCAGAAGAUGAGAAGUUUUUCUCUGUACCGGCCUUCCUAACUGUGUCUGGACAGAUGCAUUUGGAGGUGAUGUCAGGGGCUUUUUCUAGAGUCUACACAUUUGGGCCGACUUUUCGGGCAGAGAACUCCCAAAGCAGACGCCACCUGGCAGAGUUUUUCAUGGUGGAGGCGGAGAUUUCCUUCAUCCAGUCCUUAGAGGAUCUCACCAAGGUCAUGGAGGACAUGUUCAAGUCUGCUACGGAGCAUGUGUUGGCUCACUGUGUGGAGGAUGUGGAUUUGUUUCACAAGCAUGUGACUCCUGGACACCGGGACACUGUGGACGCUAUGUUGACCAAGACCUUCCCAGUGAUUACCUACACUGAGGCCAUAGACAUCCUGAAACGCAGCUCAGAGAUAUUUACCUUCCCUACAGAUUGGGGGUGUGACCUUAUGACUGAACAUGAGAAGUACCUGGUGAAACAUUGUGGCAACAUUCCUAUCUUUGUCACUGAUUAUCCUUACGACCUGAAGCCUUUCUACGCAAGAGACAACCAGGACCGCCCCAGGCAUACAGCAGCUGCAGUGGACUUGCUGGUGCCAGGAGUUGGAGAGCUCUGUGGGGGCUCGCUAAGAGAGGAGAGGCUGAAUCUGCUGAGGGCUCGGCUGCAAGCGGUUGGAUUAGAUGACAACUACAGCUGGUAUCUGGAUCUGAGACGCUUCGGCUCCGUCCCGCAUGGAGGCUUUGGACUGGGAUUUGAGCGAUAUUUGCAGUGUGUUCUUGGUGUUGACAACAUAAAGGAUGUGAUUCCUUUCCCCAGAUUUUCCAAUUCAUGUCUUCUUUGAAAUGAAGAAAAAAAAAACUAUCUGAACGUGUAAAAUACUUGUGAAGUUGUUUUUUUCAUCUUUUUCAAAUACAAAUAAUAAAAUU